AUGUCUAUUCUCGUGCGCCCACCCAAGCGCAAAUUACAUGAGGCCGAAGAGGGACCUCGGAAAUAUAGCGUCGGAGUUUCCUGGUCUCCGGGAACUCGUUCUAACUCCCAGGGCAGUUCACGACGACCUAGUGAACAACCAGACUCCCAAAGCGAUUCCCAUCACCACGCCACUUCCCUCCGAGAAUUACAUUCCAAUCGCGCUUCCCCUGUACUCUUCGACAAGGGACCGUUGCAGACACCGCGUCGCUUUAAUCCUACUGCCUCGGUUGUUCUCAUUGGAAUUCGGGGCACCGGAAAGUCCAGUCUCGCAGUCAUUUUGGCCGCAACAUCCGGUCGACGCCUUAUCGAUGCCGACCGAUACUUCCAACAAGUGACCGGCUGUUCCCGUGCGGCGUUCAAGAAGGACAAUGAUCAUGCGGAGUACCGAAUUCAGGAAGCCCGCAUCUUCGAAUCCAUGCUGGCGGAUAACCAAGAGGGAUGUGUGAUUGCGUGUGGGGCUGGUUCGAUGGAGCGCAGUGGUCAACAACUGCUGAGAGAAUAUGCUCAGACACACCCUGUCAUCCAUGUGACUCGGGAUCCUGAAAGUAUUCAGUCCUAUCUCAAAGCAUGGGAUACACAGAAAGUCCGACACUUCCUGGAGCUGUCCGGGCCAAUCUACCGAGGUUGCUCGAAUAUGGAAUUCUUCAAUUUAUCGGAAUCGACCAGCGGCGAAAAUAUGGCUAAGGAUGCCCACAAUUCACCGGGCCCCAAGUUGGAACAGAGAUCGCAGACGCCUACCCCCUUCUUGACCUUGAAGCGUGUGCAGCGGGACUUCCUUCGCUUCAUUGCGUUUGUGAUGGGGGAUGCUACCGAACUUAACCGCCUGCACUCGUCAUUUCCCUUGUCUUUGAUUUCAGUACCGACUCGGCCAUAUACCCAUGCCAUUACAGUUCCAUUUUCUGCUUUACGAGAUAGAGACCUUGAUAUAGAAGAACUGGAGUUUGGUGCGGAUGCGUUCGAAAUCUCCAUUGAUGUCACUAGUCCGUCGGGGCAGCAGGGGACCGACUCGAACCUGGCAGACAGCAUCAGUCUAGCCAUUUCGAAAAUUCGUCGCAACAUCAUCGUCCCUAUCAUGUAUCAUGUGGAGAGCUAUACCUCGCCUCAAGGAUCCCUUUCUCCUUCUCCGAGUUCACGGUCUACGGACGAAGCUUACUUGACCCUUGUCCGACAUGGCCUUCGACUCGCUCCUACUUUUUUGACAGUUGAUCUGUCACGCGACGACAACUUGAUAGCUGAGAUUAUCAAUGCGCGAGGACGGAUCAGUAUUAUAGGUCAUUUCGAGGCCUUCCGUGCUCCACUUGGGGGGUUGGGAUGGCGACGAGUACAUGGAGAUCUACAAUCGAGCAAAGAGGAUUGGCUGCGAUGUGCCGAGUCAAUGGAAGACAAUCUCGCCGUGGAAAGAUUCCGGCAUCGCGUUCAGAGUCUUCCAGGUGCCAUUCCCCUGGUUGCUUACAAUACUGGCCCUCUUGGACGCAUGUCGCGCUGCUUUAAUCCCAUUUUAACCCCUGUCACCCAUCCCUCUCUCACACAAAACAACCCUUCUCAUGUCCGUUCUUCCAUAACCUCCCGCGAUGCGCAGCAAGCACUCUACAGUUCCUUCGCCUUGGAUCCCAUGCAGUUCUUCGUCUUUGGUGCCAAUGUGACCUACAGUAUGUCACCGCCUAUGCACAACACUUCCUUCAAGCUGUGUGGGAUGCCUCACACCUACUCUAUACACCAAUCGGCCACCCUUCGCGGCUUGAAUGAUCUUGUCGAGAAUCAAUUCUUUGGUGGCUCUAGCGUCAGCCUUCCUUACAAAACCGAAGUCAUCCCUCUCCUUCACUCCAUGUCUCCACACGCUAGGGCUAUCGGUGCUGUCAACACGUUGAUUCCAAUCCGGAACAAUGAUGAUUCCGAUCCCCGCCUUUCCCAAGAAUCCUCGAUUUUUAUGAAGAAGAGCCGCGCCGGCCCAAUCAAGGGCUUGCAUGGUGACAAUACCGACUGGAUAGGUAUCUGCAACUGCAUUCGUCGAGGUCUUUCGCCUGCCAAUGCUGUUCGUCCAACUACGACGGGUCUUGUUAUUGGCUCUGGUGGUAUGGCACGCGCCGCUGUUUACUCGAUGAUUCAUCUUGGUGUGCAGCAUAUCUUUGUCUACAACCGCACCCUCGCAAAUGCCGAAAAGCUGGCCCACCAUUAUAAUCGACAGGAGCUUUACUCUUCUGAGCAUGUUGGAGCUGAUGGACGGCCGCUGGUCAGCACCAUCUCCUCCAUGAAUGAACCAUGGCCUGCCGAUUACAAACAACCAACGAUCAUUGUGUCCGGUAUCCCGGCCCAUAGCAUCGGAGGUCAACCUGCACCUAACUUUCAUGUUCCUACUCAAUGGCUCGAAAGCCCCACUGGUGGUGUUGUUGUUGAUCUUGCCUACAAACCUCUUAAUACCCCCUUGAUGAAGCAAAUUCGUGCUCUCUCACACCGCGGCUGGGUCGCGCUGGACGGUCUAGAUGUCCUUCCCGAGCAAGGGUUUGCUCAGUUCGAGCUAUUUACUGGUCGUCGUGCACCUCGCCGCGUAAUGCGGACGAUAGUCCUCCAAGAAUAUGUGGAGGAGGAAGGUCUUGAUGACCCCCGUGCUAUCCGCGACCGACUUCAAAAUCUGGACGGUUUACCGUCAUGA